AUGACGUACAAACUGAUUAAGGGAUCCGACACGCCUAGUAUCUGCCCGACAUCUUCGUCCAGCACACAAAUUGUAAGCACUAGCGACUACCAAUCAACAAGUUCAACAUCUGUCAGCAGCAGCAUAUUCACCAGCGACAGCAGCAGCAGCAGAUACACCACCAGCAGCAGCAGAUACACCAGCGACAUCGAGAGCAGCAGCAUAUUCACCAGCAGCAGCAUCGGCAGCAGCAUCGGCAGCAGCAGCAGUUUCACCAGCAGCAGUAUCGACAGCAGCAGCAUCGGCAGCAGUAGCCUCGGCAGCAGCAGCAGCGGCAGCAGCAGCGGUAGCAGCCUAAUCAGCAGUCAAGAUUCGAAUCAACACUCUGCAACUUCUCAAUUUAUCAGCUCGACUUCCAACAUCGAAAGUUCCGACUUAAUAUCAGCGAGUACAUUGAGUAGCAGCAGCCAGGCAUCCAUAAGCCCAACAUCUACCUACGUAGCAGUUACCAGUACUGCGAGCUUUUCGUCCAGCAUCGACGACAGCUCAAAUAUGGUCAGUGCUAGCACGACGGUCCAGACGACAAAUCCAUCCCAGGAUUUGUCUUCCAGCCUAGAACCGUCGUUCAGUAGCAAAUGCUUGUGCCAUUGUCGGGGUCCGACAAAAAGUCUCACAGAGGAAGAAAGUAAAAGUAAAAUGAGCAAACUGAGGGCUGAAUUAACCAUUCCGAAAAAGGAUCUCAGUUCGACGAUUCGUAAAAAGACGAGUGCUUCGGAUAACAGGGUGUCCGCUACGGAAUUUAAUUCUGUAUUUAUUUUAUUUUAUCUCUCUCUUCCCCCUUUCUCUCUCUCUCUCUCUCUCUCUCUCUCUCUCUCUCAUUCACUCUUUUCUUCCUCGUUACUAAAGUUUCUUUCUUUUUUCUUUUUUUGGUAG